AUGGAAGGCAUGCCGAGUAGCCUGCCGGGCACUCAAGAAACGCUAGCAACGCAGCCCAGCCAGCCUCAGCCUGAGAUACAGCAGCCGCCCAUUGAUGUUAUGCAAAUGCAAGUCGACCCUCAGCCACAGCCAUCAACGCCUCAGACCCCCUUUGCUAUCGAUAUAGGCACUCUUCAAGAGGGCUCGUCCAUAACACCAGCCAAACGUCCCGUCGGUCGCCCUCGCAAAGUGGUCGACCCAAAUGCGCCCAUAACCCCCAAACGACCUGUCGGACGCCCGCGCAAGGAUGGCCUACCAGCAGGCUCGGUACCGCAGGACUCAAAUUCGCCCAAAGCGAGGCGCCCAGCGCCUCCUCCCGGGCCGUCGAUCUCCGCCCCACCCAUCGCGACUUUGCCGGCGGCAACCGAGUUCCCCGCCGGCGGUCCGCCGCAGACUUGGCAGCAGUCAUACAGCACCCUCGCACAAGCCCUACAGCAGCACCCUCCUCCUGCUCCUGCAGAACAUGAUGCACUUCCCGUACCUCCCGCGCCACCCAUCCCGGUCGCGCCGAUUGUACAAACGCCUCCUCCGCCAACCACCAAUGAGUGGCUCGAGCUCUCACGCACAAACCCCAAUGCCCUCGUCCAACAACUCGUAAUAGCGCUUCAAUCGCCCAAUCUUGCCUCGCGUGCAGGUUUGAGUCUCGAAGACUCUUUUCACAUGCACGUUCAUGCGAAUUCGCCCCCGCCGGGUCAACCACUGUCAGCCGUACCGGCCAUUUAUACAGCAGUCCGUACAUUCUGGCUACCUACCUCACCCGCAUGGUUCAGCAUGACUGCGAGUGGCUCGACGAAUGCGCCAGCACCGGAACAUAGGUUCUUGUACUGGGACCCCCUACCACUCGUCGUGGGAGGCGUGCCAUGCGCGUACUGUAAUACACCACUCAUUCAUCGCGGCAACAUCAAGACGGGACCAUUGAAGGUCUACGAUUUCGGGAGGCCGUUCUACAUCAUCGGAUGCGAGUACCAUUGUACUUCUCCGACGUGCACCGCUGCCUUCGCCGGCGGAAGGAGAUUCAGCAGUGUAGAUCCGGACGUCAUGCGUGGUCUACCCGAGCUUUUGCGAAGCGAGUUGCAGGCGCAUCUCUACGUGACGGCGCCGCACAACGCGUUCGGCUGGGACUGGAGUGCCGUGGGAAUAUCGGUCGCCGUGUGGCGCGUCGUACUGGGUGCUUUGAAUGCCGGAUUGGGCAAGGAUGACGUGGUCGCGCUCGUGAGGGGCGCCAUCGAGGGCGCCAGUGCAGGAAUAGGCGCAAUGGUCAAGACGGACGAGGAUGCGGACGAACGUGCCGUGCAGGGGGUGCUUGAUGGACAGGCUGAUGCUAGUACUGAACCCCGUCCUUCGUCAACACCCGCACCUGUAUACCGCUAUGCGACACCCGCGCCUGCGCCUUACUUCGCCUAUGCAUCGCAGUCGGCCUCCGCCCCUCCCCUCCCCAUGCCGGCUUACUCCUACUUCCAACCCGACCUCAAACGUCUUGCUCAAACCAGCGGAUAUGAGCCUCCGGCCAAACGAAUCCGACAUUGUGUGAAAUGUGGCAGUAAAGACUGUAAGGGCAAAGGAGGGAGGACCUUCUGUAAGAACGCAUGUCAGGAUUGUGGGUCGGAAGGAUGUCCCGGAAGGAAUAGCAAGAGGCCGGAUAAGACCUGCUCUGAGGCGUGGAAUUGA